AGGGCGGCCGGCCAAUACGUGACUCGUGCUGUCAAAACUGAAUUGAGCGGUACUCUUCCCGCCCUUCGCUGUGGCCUGCACGUGCUGGACGGUCUCCGUAUGCGCGUCGCCGCGGGUCUCCCCGAGGCCCCCGUGACGAGGCGCGCACCCGACAGCGGACUCGCCUCUGAGCGCUGUGGAGGGAGCGCGCGGCCAGGCACACGAGCGCGCCAUGAGCAGGGCAGCUUUUUUUGAGGUGGAGAUUCUGGAUCCCAAGACCAAGGCACAGCUCUGCUUUCUGGACAAGGUGGAGCCUCAUGCUACAGUAGCAGAAAUCAAAUGUCUUCUGCACAAGUGUUAUCCCAAGUGGUAUCCAGCAAGACAGGCCCUGAAGCUUGACCCCAAGGGAAAGACACUUAAAGAUGAUGAAAUACUAGAAAAUCUACCGGUUGGGACCACUGCAACGAUGUAUUUUAAAGACCUUGGUCCACAGUUGGGAUGGACAAUGGUGUUUCUGGCAGAGUACAUAGGGCCCCUGUUUAUUUACUUGCUCUUCUAUUUCCGCCUACCAUACAUUUAUAGCCCAAAGUAUACCUUCACAUCCAGCCCAUACCCCGUGGUCCCCCUGGCGUGUCUGUGUCACUCAUUCCACUACGUUAAGAGGCUCAUUGAAACCAUAUUUGUACACCGCUUCUCUCAUGGCACAAUGCCUUUGCGGUCUAUGGUCAAGAACUGUCUGUAUUACUGGGGAUUUGCUGCAUGGCUGGCUUACUACAUCAACCAUCCUCUGUACACACCACCGUCCUACGGAAACCGCCAAAUAUAUUAUGCACUGAUAUUGUUUCUGCUCUGUGAAGCUGGUAAUUUUUCCAUUAACCUGGCCCUCAAUAACCUAAAAAGUGAUGGAAUGGGGUCAGGAAAGAUCCCCUGCCCCACCAGGAACCCCUUCACCUGGCUGUUCUUCUUUGUGUCAUGUCCUAAUUACACCUAUGAGGUCGGUGCAUGGAUUGGGUUCACAUUCAUGACACAGUGUGUUCCAGUGGCCCUGUUCACACUGGUGGGCUUCAUCCAGAUGACUAUCUGGGCUCGGGGAAAGCACAAGAUGUACCUUCGACAGUUCAAGGACUACCCUGCCCUCAGAAUGGCAAUCAUCCCACUCUUUCUGUGAAGGGGCAGCCUGCAUGCAAAUGGAGGGGUUAACAUGUUUUUGUGAGCCAGCUCCAAGGAGGGCUUUCCUCAGCUUGUAUAUUCAACAUGAGGAUAGAGCUACACUGACAGAAUCAGAUGCUGAGAUGACUGUUGCUGCUCUCAGUACCAUGAUGAAUGUCAGCUUUGUUUUCCUGCUACACACUGGUCCACAAACAAGUGGCAAGGUGGCACAUGGUGCUAAGCAGAGUAUCGCUCACUGUGGUCUGCACUGAUGCUUUGGCUUCCUCUUCCAGUCUCCAAGGCUAAAAAAAGUCCAACCCACAGGGAAAGAAGAUCCCUCCCAAGCAUCAGAAACAAGUGAAAAUUGUUCCUGGGUCUCUAUUGUGGAGAAAGGUCUUGUGCUGAUUAAACUUUAUGCACAUGUGAGAAACGUGCAGCUUGUCCGACUGUAAUGACAACAUAGUCAUAAAUCUAGAACAUUUGCUGGCACAGACAGACCUAUGACAUUUCAUGAGCUGAAAGGGGUCACAGGUGAAAGAGCAUAAAUGGAUGUAUUGAUUUUAAGAUAACAGCAGUUAAGAAAACUGUAUGAUUUGUCAACCUUUAUUAACAUUUGGAAUUGACUAGUAAGCCACAGGGUAUCAGUUUGAUGGCACAGUAGCAGUUAAUACAUGGAGAUGCUUGUUACUAGAAUGGAUAAAAUUCAGGUUGAGAAUAGAAAUUGUUGAUUAAAUGCAGCAUGUUACAAUAGAUACUUAAUACACUGCCUUUCGACAACAUAGCAAUGUACUAAGCAUUACCCUGAAGCUACAACAUGGUGUUUUGUGAGAGUGGUAAAAUGUUUUUUCAUUGUUGUGUUUAUAUUUAGGGGGAAAUUAUUAACUAGAAGAUUGGACCCUAAGUUAAGAAUAGUGUGAUAACCAAAAAGGAAAUGUUUCAAGUCUGUCACAAUAAGCAAAAAAAAAAAAAAAAAAUUUCUUCAUACCAUAUGUGAUACGAUACAGCACUGUCAUACCAGGAACAAUUUCCAGAUUCUUAAUCCAAACAGCUUUUUCCAAUAAACAAUAAUUACAUAAGACAUUGCCCUUAAGUAUAUUCUUUAUUUUUGUAUGCAUCACUCUUGCUGGAAAGAUGUGAAAAUGUAAAAGAAAAUUCUUUUCUAAAACAUAUAAGUUGACUUAAAUCCUCAACAGCACACAACAACAGCAUGAGCCAGGAAGCUUUCUCGACCUAAUACACAGCGGGGUAGGAGAGAGGGACCAGAACACUUACAGCACCAAAUUCAUCUCAG